GAAUCAAGAACCCAGUGUCCCUCGACCAUGGCAUAAACCUCGGAAAACUCUCUCUCUGUCUCUCUCUCUCUCUCUGAAUUCGAUCGACCAUGGCUGGUUUUGUGAUGAGAUCCCUCAGAAACUCACUCCGUUCCUCUUCUCCCUCGAAACCCAUCCUUCCCUUUCAACUUGGAGCUCGUCCCCGCACGUUCGCGGCCAAGCCUUCGCCUUCUUCGAGCCGCGACAGAGACGCCGAGACCGAGAGAGCCGAGGAGCAGCACGACGACGCCGCAGUACCCACCUCCGGAAUCAGCAGGCCCCUCUCCGAGAUACUCAAGGAGCUCAACAAGCGGGUCCCUGAUUCUCUCGUCAGGACCCGCCUCGAAGAUGGCCUCUCCAUCAAAUACAUCCCUUGGCACAUAGUCAAUAGAAUCAUGAACUUACACGCACCGGAGUGGUCUGGUGAGGUCCGGAGCAUCAGUUAUUCGGCUGAUGGCAAGACCGUGUCUGUUGUUUACCGCGUGACACUUUACGGGACCGAUGCAGAGAUGUACAGGGAGUCAACUGGUACUGCUUCACUUGACGAUGCUGGCUAUGGAGAUCCUGUGCAAAAGGCAGAAGCUAUGGCUUUUCGUCGAGCUUGUGCGCGCUUUGGCCUUGGCCUACAUUUGUAUCAUGAAGAUAUGCUUUGAUGAGCUUGGAUUGAUGGUAAGCAUGACUUUCUUGCUCCUUUUGUUGCUAUGGAUGGAGGAGUGGAGGUUCAUCAGUUAUUUUUUGUCAGUUAGAUGGGCCACAGUUCCCAUAUAGAUUCCAUGGUUUUUGGAAGAAAGGAGCACUUUGGUACAUGUUGUGGUUAAAGCAUUAUUUCUAUAUGCAUCUUAGCAGAUUUCUAGGUUAGAUGUUGGGUUAACUUUAAUGCACCAAUCUCAUGUUAACGUUGUUGGCAUGGGAUGUGGGAUGUAGGAAUAUGGAGAAUUGUCUGUCCAAGAAAACCGAAGUAAUGUUAUUUUAAGUCACUAAUGCUUCUGAUUUCUUCUGUGGU